UGUGUUCCUAGAUGAAAGUACAAACAAUUCAUAAAGGGUGACACCGCACUGAGAUCAAUACUCGUUCUUCCUACCACCAAGAAGGUGAUGUGGGCUGGUAAAGAACGAGUAAUGAAAGCCUCAAAUGGUCUCCAAUGAAAAAUUUCAUUAAGUUGGUGCAGUGAAUGUAACUAAGGCCAUUGAGAGUAAUUUGUAGCCCCCUGCCCCUCAUUCUGUCACCUUCACAGCUCUAAUUUAUGACUCUCCUCCUGCGGGUACGGAGGGAAAUAAUAUAAUAGGUACUCAGCGUAGUAAUGUAGGAUGUUUUUAAAAUAGAAAAAGAGUGCCAGUUUUCUCAUUUUGUGUCCUUGGGGAAUAACUGCUAUUAAUCUCAGAUAUAGUCCCCAAAUUUUUUGAGUUUUUCAAGUAGGAUUCUAGUUUUUUGUUUACAUUUAGAAUUAAUUUUAAAGCCUCUGAGAACCCGUAGUGACUUUAACCUUUCUGCUGCACCAAGGCUUGGGAAAGGGAAUGGAGGACAUCAUGAAGCAGGACUGGAAGAAAUAAGGGCUUACGAAAACGUUUUACUUUAUUUAUUUUCAUGAAAUUUGACAAAUAGUAAUUAUGAUGUAUUUAGGUUCAUAUCCCCUCAUUGAUUUUGCACUUUUUUCUGCUCAAAGACAGGCACAAAUAUUCAAGUUCCUGCUAACGUUCAUGAAUGCUCUUUUUCUCUAUAGUCCUUUAAGUAUUGUUAAAAAUGCAAAGUAAAUAAUAUGGGAACAGAGUUAAAAGUGCAUGAAUAUUUAUAUAAGCUUUAUAUUUCUUGGAUCCCACCUGUGAACGUUGGACGUUGAGUUGACAUUGUUUGUCCUAGGCAAUGCUUUUGAAGCAAUGGCAAGUCAAUGUUAUGCAGCUCCCUAAAACUGUAGAGAGUCCAGAGAGGAGUUGGUGUAACCAUGAUAUAUGUAGACCAAUAUUCUGUUUUUACCCUUGUUGCAGGAAGACCGUCAUAGUUGCUUCUGCGCUUGACGUCAGCUUAGCAGACGUCAGCUGUCAUCCAAUGCAUGCUGAGUCGGUGUCACAGCACACAGCAUUAGAAAUGGCCCCUUCUUCUCAUGAUCACAGGAAUGAGUCUGGUAUUCAGAUUCGCUCCAAGUCACCAGCAGAAACAAGCCAGCUACUUGAGGAAGACUUACUCUUAUAAUGUAAAUUAUUUGAAACAAUAAAGAAUAAAAAAUGACUACAUCUGA